AUGCGACGCGCAUAUGCUCGUCUCUAUGCGCAAGCCGCCCUUAGUAUUGCGGAGAAGGAGAUAGACGAUCUUGUGUCACCAAACAACUUAACUUCUUAUGCGGAAGACGAUCGCCUUCACAACGAACUCCCCUUCCAGCUUUAUCCAGUUUUGGCUCUUGUCGCCCUAAGUAUCUACGAGUAUUGUCAAUGUGGCAAUGUAUCCCGGAUGCGCACCCGCGCGAACCAGGCCAUUACAACGGCCAUGGAUCUUGGUCUCCAUCGCUUGGACACGAAUGCUUCAGAAGCACACCGACGAGCAUGGUGGUCCGCGUCGUACAAGUAUCAGUAA